CGCAGGCGGGGGGGCUGCCGUGGGUCCGGCCAGGCGGGCAGGGAACACAUGGGCUGGGUGUUUUUCCCUUGGCCCGCGCUGGCUGCCCGUCCCGCCGACCGCGGUCAUGGAUUCGCUCAUUAUUCAGGAGCGGUUGGUGGAGAAGCUGCUUUCCCCCCGCGCGCAGGCACAGCGAAGCCACCCGGGCAAGCUGAAGGACCAUGAGAAGCAGUACGUGGGCUUCGCCACUCUCCCUAACCAGGUCCACCGGAAAUCUGUGAAGAAGGGUUUCGACUUCACCCUGAUGGUCGCAGGAGAGUCGGGUCUGGGCAAAUCCACCCUCGUGAAUAGCCUGUUCCUGACAGAUCUCUACAAAGACAGAAAGCUCCUCAACGCAGAGGAGAGAAUCAACCAGACAGUAGAAAUCGUCAAGCACACGGUAGACAUUGAGGAGAAGGGUGUGAAGCUGAAGUUGACCAUAGUGGACACACCAGGCUUUGGAGAUGCUGUUAACAACACUGAGUGCUGGAAGCCCAUCACUGACUACAUCGACCAGCAGUUUGAGCAGUAUUUCCGAGAUGAGAGCGGCCUGAACCGGAAGAACAUCCAGGACAACCGAGUGCACUGUUGCCUCUACUUCAUCUCGCCCUUCGGGCAUGGGCUGAGGCCGGUGGAUGUCGAAUUCAUGAAGGCUCUGCAUGAGAAGGUCAACAUCGUGCCCCUCAUUGCCAAAGCUGACUGCCUGAUUCCCUCUGAGAUCCGGAAACUAAAAGAGAGGAUUCGGGAAGAGAUUGACAAAUUUGGUAUUAAAGUGUACCAAUUUCCGGAGUGUGACUCUGAUGAAGAUGAGGAAUUCAAGCAACAAGACAGAGAACUGAAGGAGAGCGCUCCCUUCGCUGUCAUUGGCAGUAACACCGUGGUGGAGGCAAAAGGCCAGAGAGUCCGGGGCCGGCUCUACCCCUGGGGCAUUGUGGAAGUGGAAAACCAGGCGCACUGCGACUUUGUGAAGCUGAGGAACAUGCUGAUCCGGACACACAUGCAUGACUUGAAAGAUGUCACUUGUGAUGUCCACUAUGAGAACUACCGAGCUCAGUGCAUCCAGCAAAUGACCAGCAAGCUGACGCAGGACAACAGGAUAGAAAGCCCUAUUCCUAUCCUGCCUCUCCCAACACCUGACACGGAGACGGAGAAGCUGAUCAAAAUGAAGGAUGAGGAGUUGCGGCGGAUGCAAGAAAUGCUGCAGAAGAUGCAGCAGCAGAUGCAGGAUCAGUGAAACACAGGUGUUUGGAGGGCCAAGGGAAUCAGCGGGUGACCGUCUGAGGCCUGGCUUGAGCUGUGGACGUUUAAAAAGAGGUUCCCUAUUGUGUAGAGACUCGUGGGCAAGAGCUGCACCCACACCCUCUAAUUUAUUAGCAGCAGUGCUGGCUUUGUAGUCAGCCAGAUUGUGGAGGAGGCUGUUCACUUAACAGUUUACUGAUGUAUAUUUCUUUUUUUUUUUUUAAUUAUUACUUUUUUUUUUUUUAAAGAAAAAUAGCCUGGGAAAUAUCUAAGGCAUCCUAAGAAAAGAAAGAUCCACCUUUCCCAUGUACUGAUUUCUUGUUUGGGAAUGCUCUGGUAUUUAAAUCAUGUUUUUUCUGGUGUACGAAAUUGAAGAUUAUGUGUCCAUGCACGUAACUGUUUACUCCCAGCUGAGGUGCUGUGCCCCUCUUUCCCUCCCUGUGUCCAGGGCCAGGCAUUGUAAAGGAAGAUGUUCCCUCCGUGAAUUCACCCCAUGCUGCCCAGGCUUCUCAGCCUGCAGAGAGAGCAGGGCCUGAUAUCUCUGUGCACUGACCUGCUGAGGGGUCCUAACAGUUGUGUGGUUCCCUGGCUAUUAUUCUUCCCUUUGGUUUUGUUUUUCCUCUCAGCAAACUCCAGGGUCUUUGCACUGAGUGGCAGGGGACAGUUUCUCUAGGUCAGUUAGAAGAAGGCACUUCCAGCACCCUCAGCGAGGUGUUUCUGGCAGCAAGGAGAAGCUGCAGCAGCCUGGCUGCAAGGAGGGCUUGGGAGGCAGCCCCUUUGCAGCCUGCCAGCUGCUGCGAGUUGUGCUUUGGGGAUGUGGUGGCAGCACCUUGCAGAAAUGCCAGGACGCCCAGUGGCUGCUCAGAGUGUCCCAUAGCUCUGGUCUUCCCCCUUUGCUUGGAAAAGUACCAUGGCAGCCAGAGUGCUUACCUGGGCCUGCUUCAGAGGAACAGAAAGCCCGGAGUUGAGAGCCAACCCCAAAUUCACAGCUGUGCUUUGUCCCCAAGCUUGCAAUUCCACAAGAGUUGCUGGCGCUGUGGUUCUCCUGGGGUAAGAGGCAUUUUGGGGUGUUAGUGCCAGAGCUCUGCGAGCCGCCUGUCCCACCAGGCUGCCUUGUAGGGACAAGAGGUGGCAGAGGGGCAGCGGGCGGGUGCACGGAUGGCUCUGCAGGGCUGAGGACAGCCCAGCAGACUCGGUACUGCCUCCCCUCCCCUUUCCCUGAGACUCAGCCCUUCUCCCUGCUUCCUGUCCCCAGCUCUUCCUGUCUCAGUGCUGGGGAGGCUGGUGGAUCUGCUGGGUGGAGAUAAGAGUGUUCCUUGGACAGCAGCUYCUGUCCCAUUCUUGCUUCCUACAGUAUUUUAAACUUCUAGUGCAGCCAGGGGAGAGCCAAGGGCACAACGUGUCUGACAGCGCAAGUCUCACUCAAAACASUGCCGCGCUCGCAGGGAGCUCAGGGCUCUUGCAGGGAGAGACACUUGGCUCUUCCCUCCAGCACCAGAGAGCACCACUGGGAUGAGGACCUGCUCCUCUGGCUCGGUCCCCAUCGCUCCGUCUACACGUGUGCAUGUUGCUCCUGCCCUGCUCUGGCUCUCCCCACUAGAUCUCUCUGGUUGGGAAUAGCCAGGUGCUGAAUUCUUUUGUUAGGUGCUAUGCUUGUCUGUGUGGCAGUCCACCACACAUGUCUUCUCUCCAUGAGGCUGUAGUGUCCUGAUCAGAGCUUGUUCAGGAGGUGAGUAGGUUGGCUGGUUCCAGUUAUUCACUACACAGAGCCAGAACACGGGUCAUACGGGCAAGAGAGACCCUGAUGAAGCGCAGAAGGACAAAGUGACAGGAAUGUGAAAGCUGGACAAGAACAAUGUCCAAGGCAAACCUCUUCAAAGUGACCUUUUGCUCCCUCAGAGAGGUGAGAAGUAGGCAGGGGCAUUGGGAACAAGCUCAGCAGGGCUGGGGCAACUGUUCUGCCUAAAAUGCCAACAUUUUUUCUUUCUUUCUCCCCCAUGUCAGGCAUGUAAGUGACAGUGGCAGUGCCAGGGACAGAUGCUUCAGGAGGAGAUACAGCCUUUCUUUCUGCAGUUUGCCUGUUUGAGGAACAGAGUAGCCUGAGGUGAGAGCUUCCUCCAGGCUUUCUGGAAGAGGUUUGCUGCUGUCCCAAAGUAGGAGGACUGCUGACUUCUCAGCUUUAUUCGUACUAGCAUAACUGGAAACACCUUGGAGUGUCUGCUCUUGCUCUCUUCUUAAUUAGUCUUGUCUAUGAGGAGGAUAUUCUGUUGUAACUGAGCCCUGUCCACUUAGAGAUGUUCCUCUUUCGAGCAGAUUCAGGCCUAAAAGAUGGAGACCUUUAGUCUUUGGCAUUGACAUAGGAGAGAACACCGCCUUUAUCUUGGGCUGGGUGCUGGUGAGAACGAAAGGGUCAUGGGCAGGCAAGAGUAUUGCUGAGUUUUUAGCUGCUUCUGUCCUCUGGGCGAGGAAAUCUCCAUCAGCACAGUGCAUGAGGUUCCUAAAACAAGCUGAUGCUUGCAGUUCCACUCUCUCCAGAGAGCUGAAGUCUUCAACUGUCUGCUGGCAAAGACAGUUUGAGUUGUGCUUGGAGAAAAAUGCAUAUCAACGAGGUAUUAGAGAAACAGCUUCUGCAGAGGGCUAUGAUACUGCUGAUACUAGUGUCCCUGCAUCAGGAGGUUCCUUUCCCAGAGCAUCAGAGUUGGGGGCUGCAGGAAACAGGUUAGAGACUGAGUUCUGCAAGGGCACCAGAGAUCCAGCCUUUGGCUCAGUGGGCAGCAUGCAUUUAUUAAAGGAGAAAUGCUCUGUACUGUUGAGCUCAGCUGCACUAUAAGUGGARAAGGGAUUGCUGAAUGAAAGUAGCUUGGCCACUUGGCUCUGGCAGCCAUAGAAGCAGAAGAGUGGACAGAAAGGUAAUUUAACGCCCCCUUCACACAACCCAGUGCGAUCUCAUACGUAAACCCUGCGCCCACGGGCACUUCCCCCUCCUUCACCACGCUUUGCCCCGCGGAGUGAGUCACUGCGGGAGCUGUGUCCCACUGCCUGGGCAGAGCU